GUUGUCAUGGCUGUGUUCAAGUUCGCUGUGGGUCUGCUGGCUCUGUUGCUGGUUUCUGCCUGGGCUGAGGAGGUCGAGACCCUAAAUGGCUGUGGAUGAGGCUGAUGGCGUCACCACUGCUGAGCUGUCUGUCUCCGAGCUGCUGGACAGAGCCAACCGGGACCUGACUCCUGACUUCGACGAGCCUGAGCUGAUGGGAGACAUCGCCAUCCUCAACGAGGCGGAGAGGAAUGCUGACCCCUGCACCUCCCGCGACUGCCUGUGGCAAAAGUACAGUGACGGCAAGGUCUACGUGCCCUACGUCAUUCAGAACCACUACUCCUCCCGUGAGCUGUCCAUUAUCCAGCGUGGCCUGGACUCCUUCGCCUCCUCCUCCUGCAUCCGCUUCAAGCGCCGCUCCAACGAGAGGGACUACAUCAGCAUUGAGUCUCGCAGUGGAUGCUACUCUUACGUUGGUCGUACUGGUAACGCUCAGACCGUGUCCCUGAGCCGCUCCGGCUGCCUGUACCACAGCACCGUCCAGCACGAGCUGCUCCAUGCUCUGGGCUUCAACCACGAGCAGACCCGCAACGACCGUGACAACCACAUCCGCGUCUACUGGGAGAACAUCAUCGAUGACAUGAAAUACAACUUCAACAAGAUCAACACCCUCAACCAGGGAACUCCCUAUGACUACAACUCUGUUAUGCAGUAUGAGAGGUACGCCUUCUCCAAGAACAACCUCCCCACCAUGGAGCCCAUUCCCAACAGCAACGCUGCUCUUGGCAAGGCCACCGAGAUGAGCCAGAACGACAUCACCAGGCUCAACAGGCUGUACAAGUGCUAAACUGAGGCAACAUGACCAGACCUGACAUCUGCUCCAUCAACGACAACUUUUGGAGUAAAUUACCAACAAUAAAUGUAAUGUAGCGCAA